AUCCAAAUUAGCAAAUAGUCCCCCCCUUUCCUUUUUGCCUUUUCCACCCCCAUUUGGUCUCAUCUUUCUGCUUCUUCCCCUUCUUUAUAACUGCUCUUCUUCAUCGCCAUUCCCAUUUGCCUCUGCUAAUGGACUCUAAGCAGCAGCAGCAGCAGCAGCUCUACUUGGCUAAUAAAUCUUCCAGGCAGCGCUUCAGUGAAUGGAUUUUCAGAGAUGUCCCUAGUGAUAUCACCAUUGAAGUUGCCGGAUCCACAUUUGCAUUGCACAAGUUUCCAAUCGUAUCAAGAAGUGGUCGAAUCAGGAAGCUGGUUUCAGAGCACAGGGAUGCAGACAUCUCCAGGGUGGAGCUCCUCAACUCGCCGGGCGGCGCCGAGGCGUUCGAGCUGGCGGCCAAAUUCUGCUACGGGAUCAACUUCGAGAUCACACCGAGCAACGUGGCCCAGCUCAUCUGCGUCUCCGACUACCUCGAGAUGACGGAGGACUACUCCCACGACAACCUCGCCUCCCGGGCCGAGGAGUACCUCGACAGCGUCGUCACCAAGAGCCUCGAGCUCUGCGUCCAGGUCCUCCAGCACUGCGAGAACCUCUUGCCCUUAGCCGACGAGCUCAAGAUCGCGGGCCGCUGCGUCGACGCGGUCGCCUCGAAGGCCUGCGUCGAGCAGAUCGCCUCGAGCUUCUCGCGGCUCGAGUACAGCAGCUCGGGGAGGCUCCACAUGAACAAGCAGGCCGCAGGCAGCAAGUGCGAGGGGGACUGGUGGAUCCAGGACCUCUCCGCGCUCAGAAUCGACCUCUUCCACAGGGUGAUCACCGCGAUGAAGUGCCGCGGGGUUCGCCCCGAGAGCAUCGGGGCGUCCCUCGUCAGCUACGCCCAGACGGAGCUGACCAAGAAGUCCAGCCUCUGGAACCCGAACCAGACGACCAAAGUGGUCGAUCCGGUCUCCACGGCGGCCCACGAGAGGGCCGUGGUGGAGACUAUCGUAAGCUUGCUUCCCUUGGAGAGACUUGCAGUUCCCAUCAAUUUCCUGUUUGGCCUCCUGAGGAGCGCUGCCAUGCUUGAUUGCAGCGUGGGUUGUAGAGGUGAUUUGGAGAGGCGGAUCGGGUCGCAGCUCGACGUGGCGACCCUCGACGACCUUCUGAUCCCCUCGUUUCGGCAUUCGGGCGACACAUUGUUCGAUGUGGACGCGGUGCAUCGGAUCUUGGUUAACUUCUCGCAGCAGGACGACAGCGAAGGUGAUGAUGGUGAUGAAGGUGAUGAAGGUGAUGGGAUGGAUGACAAUGGAUCUGGUUUCGAUCAAUCGGAUAGCCCGCAGCAUUCGCCUUCUCAGACGGCGCUGUUUAAGGUGUCGAAAUUGGUGGACAAUUACCUGGCGGAAAUCGCUCCGGAUGCCAAUCUGAAGCUGUCCAAGUUUAUGAUCGUGGCAGAGACUUUACCUGCUCAUGCUCGCACGGUUCAUGAUGCCUUGUACAGAGCCAUUGACAUUUACCUUAAAGCGCAUCAGGGUUUAUCAGACAUGGACAGGAAGCGGCUGUGCAAGCUGAUCGACUUCCAGAAGCUGUCUCAGGAAGCAGGAGCACAUGCCGCGCAGAACGAGAGGCUUCCGCUUCAAGCGAUCGUACAGGUUCUCUAUUUUGAACAAGUCAGGCUGAGGAAUGCGCUGUGCUGCUCUUACGGCGGCGGCGGCGAUCACGAACCGGAUCACGUGAGGCCGAUGCAGCAGUCGUGGAGGGCGAGCAGCGGGGCGUUCAGCGCGGCGAUGUCGCCGCGAGACAACUACGCGUCGCUGAGGAGGGAGAAUCGGGAGCUGAAGCUGGAGCUGGCGCGGAUGCGGAUGAGGCUGAACGACCUGGAGAAGGAUCAUGUGUGUAUGAAGAGGGAUAUGCACAAGUCUGGUUCGCGGAAGUUCGUGAAUUCGUUCUCGAGGAAGCUCGGCAAGCUUGGUUUCUUUGGGAAUAGCUCGUCGAGGGGAUCGACUUCGCCUUCCAAGCAGUCUCAGAGGACGGAUUCUAGGGCGAUGGACAGAACUUGUGCCAGUACGGAUUGAUGAAGUGAGUGAGUGGCUUUUCGAUGUGUUUAAUUACCGACCUCGAGCUAGGCUGCGGUUGUUCAUUUGUGUUGGUUUUGGUGGGUGAUUGUAGAAUGUCUUCUUCUGCAGUUUUUUGGUUUAGUUACCUCCCUUUUCGUUUGUAAAUGUAAAUGGUUUCAGAUCUUGGAGGUUAGAGAGCAGCAUAGAAGGGUUGUUAAAAGCGUGAGUUCUAAUGUCUG